UGGAGCAAGGCAAUCGGAAAACCGAAAACACAAGGCUUUGUCUUCCAUUUCACUAAACCGAUCCCGCGAUUUUCAGAUGUGAAAAGAGGCGAAUCCAAAUUGAUCUUGUACUACAAAGCCCCUGCAAGAUAAUGAAUAGUUUAGACCAAAAUUACAGACUGACUCUUGCUUUUGCCAGUUAGCCCAUCUCUCUUCUGUGUCUCUUUUCUCCUCCUCCUCUUCCCCAAUUCAAAUUAAAAAAAAAGUCAGCAAGUGCUCUCUCUCUCUCUCUCUCUUCCUCCCUUCCCACCUCAGUAAACAAAUGGCAAAAAGGAAGGAACAGACACCAAUCUUAAAAUUCCACUCCUCUCUGCACAACCCUCAUGGCCUAGCUGUUUCUUGGAUCCGGAGAUUCUGGGAACAUUUAAUUUCCCUCUUGCAUAUGCAUAUGCAUGUGGUUAUGCAUUCAUAAAGAAAAGAGAAGGAGAAAGAGAAAGAGCAGGAGAAAAAACAAAGGGGACAAACAGCCAUGUACAUUUAGCCCACCAAGACAUGAUUUGAUUUCUCCAACCAUUGCCUCUCCCUAGGCUGCUCCAGCAACAAACAACCCUCCCUUUCUGUUCCCAAUCACCUCGGAGUUCGCAGCACUAUAGUUUUAAUUGCUUGCUCGUUCUAAUGCCUGUAAAUCCAUGGACUCUCUCCACCUCCCUAUGCUCCUUCUCCUUCCUGCUUCUUGUCCUGCCUCUCCUUUGCCCAGCCUCCGCCAUCAACCCGCAGGGCCAGGCCCUCCUGUCGUGGAAGGCAAGCCUCAAUGGGUCGCUCGAGGAGUUGGACGAUUGGAAACCAGCCGAUGAGACCCCGUGCCAGUGGUCCGGAGUCACUUGCGGCUCCAGCAAUGAGGUCAUCGAGUUGAGCCUGAGUUAUGUCGAUUUGCUCGGGUACGUCCCCUCCAAUCUGAGCUCGCUGCAUUCUUUGCAGAAGCUCGUCCUGUCAGGUACGAACCUCACUGGGUCGAUCCCGAAAGAGAUUGGCUCACUUCCCGAGUUGGCCUACUUGGACCUGAGCGACAAUGCCUUGACGGGGGCGAUCCCGAGUGAGCUCUGCGGCCUGCCCAAGCUCGAGGAGCUCCACUUGAACUCGAACCAGCUUGAAGGCUCGAUACCUGCCUCGAUAGUGAACCUCACCAGCUUGACGCAGCUGACACUAUUCGACAAUCAGCUCAGUGGCGAAAUUCCAGCCGGGAUAGGGAAGCUUAGCAACCUCGAAGUCCUGAGGGCCGGCGGGAACAAGAACCUCGGAGGGCCAUUGCCCCAAGAAAUCGGCAAUUGCACCAACCUGGUCAUGUUAGGCCUGGCCGAAACCAGCAUCUCUGGGUUCCUCCCCUCGAGCCUCGGCAAGCUCAAUAAGCUCGAAACCCUGGCCAUAUACACGGCGCUCCUAUCGGGGCCGAUCCCGCCGGAGCUCGGCCAAUGCACCAAUCUGCAAAACAUGUACUUGUACAAUAAUUCGCUGUCGGGAUGGAUCCCAAGCCAGCUAGGGAACCUGCAGAACCUGCAGAGCCUACUGCUGUGGCACAACAACCUGGUGGGCAUCAUCCCGCCCGAGAUCGGCAACUGCGCCAGCCUAAUUUUGAUCGACAUAUCGGAGAACUCGCUCACGGGGAGCAUCCCCGCGAGCGUCGGGAACCUGACUGGCCUCCAGCAGCUGCAGCUCAGCUUCAACCAGAUCUCGGGCGAGAUCCCAAGGCAGCUCGGCGACUGCCGCGGGAUGACCCAGAUUUUGCUCGACAACAAUCAGAUCACGGGCACCAUCCCGUCCGGGCUGGGCAACCUGACGAACCUGACGCUGCUGUACCUGUGGCAGAACAAGCUCCAGGGCAUGAUCCCGCCGUCCCUCUCCAACUGUCGAAACCUGGAUUCCCUCGACUUGUCCCAGAACGGCCUGACCGGUCCCAUCCCCAGCGGGAUAUUCCAGCUGAAGAAGCUCACCAAGCUCCUGCUCCUGUCCAACAACAUCUCCGGCGAGAUCCCGCCGGAGAUCGGGCAAUGCCGGUCGCUGAUCCGGUUCAGGGCGAACGACAACCAGCUCAACGGGCCGAUCCCCUCUCAGAUAGGGAACCUGAGCAGCCUGAGCUUCCUGGACCUCGGGUCGAACCGACUCACCGGCUCCAUCCCCGACGAGAUCUCCGGCUGCCGCAACCUGACGUCCUUGGAUUUGCACUCGAACUCGAUUUCCGGGAACUUGCCCGGCGGCCUGAACGGGCUGGCGUCCUUGCAGCAGCUCGACUUCUCCGACAACCUGAUCGAAGGUCCGCUAAGCCCGGACCUCGGCUCGGUCAGAGUGCUCACCAAGCUCGUCCUCGCCAAGAAUCGGCUCUCCGGCCCCAUCCCGACCCAGCUCGGCUCGUGCGCCAGGCUCCAGCUGCUCGACCUCAGCAGCAACCAGCUCACCGGGAGCAUCCCGGCGAGCCUCGGCGGGAUCCCGGCGCUGGAGAUCGCGCUGAACCUGAGCUGCAACCAGCUCUCCGGCGACGUCCCGGCGGAGUUCGCCGACCUCGACCGGCUCGGCGUGCUGGACGUCUCCCACAACCAGCUCUCCGGCGACCUCCGGGCCAUCGCCGACAUGCAGAACCUCGUGGUCCUCAACAUCUCCCACAACAACUUCGCCGGGCACGUGCCGGAGACGCCCUUCUUCGCGACUCCCCUCAGCGUCCUCGCCGGGAACCCCUCCCUCUGCCUCCCCGGCAACGACGGCGGCUGCGCCUCCAGCGGUCCCGGCGGCGGCUCCCGGCGCGUCGCCGGCGCGCGCGUGGCGAUGGUGGUCCUACUCUGCGCGGCGUGCGCCCUGCUCCUUGCGGCGCUCUACAUCGUCCUCGGACCGAGCAGGAGGGGCCCACUGGGCUUCCGCGGUGGGCCCGGCGAAGGGGACCGUGACGUGGAGAUGGGCCCACCUUGGGAAGUGACGCUCUACCAGAAGCUGGACCUGUCGGUCGCUGACGUGGCGAGGUGCCUGACGGCCGCCAACGUGAUCGGCCGCGGCCGGUUCGGCGUGGUCUACCAGGCGACCCUCCCAUCCGGGCUCACCGUCGCGGUGAAGAAGUUCCAGAUGUCGGAGAAGUUCUCCGCCGCCGCCUUCUCGGCCGAGAUCGCCACGCUGGCGCAGGUCCGGCACCGGAACAUCGUCCGAUUAUUAGGAUGGGCCGCGAACAAGAAGGCGAAACUACUAUUCUACAGCUACAUGCCGAACGGCACAUUAGGUGGGCUACUACACGAGGGCAGUUCCGCAGGAUCGGUCGGGUGGGAGACGAGGUUCGAGAUAGCCUUGGGAGUGGCCGAGGGACUGGCCUACUUGCACCACGACUGUGUCCCGCCAAUCUUGCACCGCGACGUUAAGGCUCACAACAUACUGUUGGGGGACCAGUACGAGGCGUGCCUGGCCGACUUCGGGCUUGCCAGGCUGGUCGAGGGCAGCAACACCUCCGUCUCGGCGAGCCCCCAGUUCGCCGGCUCCUAUGGCUACAUUGCGCCCGAGUAUGCUUGCAUGCUGAAGAUCACUGAAAAGAGCGACGUGUAUAGCUUCGGAGUCGUCCUGCUGGAGAUCAUCUCGGGGAAGAGGCCAGUAGACCCGUCGUUUCCAGAUGGCCAGCACAUCAUCCAAUGGGUCAGGGACUACCUGAAGAGCAAGAAGGACCCGGUGGAGAUCCUGGACCCGAAGCUCCAGGGCCAUCCGGACACACAGGUGCAGGAGAUGCUCCAGGCGCUCGGGAUCGCGCUGCUCUGCACAAGCAAUCGCGUCGAGGACCGCCCCUCGAUGAAGGACGUCGUGGCAUUAUUGAGAGAGAUCCGGCAGGACGCAGCCGAGGCCCACAAGCCAAACGGUUGCCAGGUCGCGAAAAGGACGGGGGAGGAGGUCCCAUCCUAUUCGUCGUCAUCGGUGACCCCGGCUCAGCUACUGAUGCUCCAGGGGUCUUCAAGCUGCUCCCUGGCUUAUUCAUCCUCUUCAGCCAAUUAUGGCUCAGGAAACCAAUGACAAUUUUAAGUCUAGUGUAGUUUAGUUGAAAUAAAUCCAAUUAUUAAGCUUUUCAUAACUAGCUAGAAGUAGAUGAGAGGUCAUUGUAAAGAUCAGUUUAGAA